AUAUUGAAAUAAAUGUAAUGUAUACCGAUAUAAGGUUAGGUAUAUUAUUUUCUAUAUGGAACAUAUCCAGUAUGGUGUCGUGUUGUCAAUUUAAUUGUCAAAUUUAUUAAUCGAAAUGCCACUGUCAAAGACGUGAGAUCGUGUGUGUGUUGUUUUCGUGUAACGAUGUGAUUAUUGAUCUUUUUUCUUAAAUUAACCGGUGGAAAUAGAAAUGAAAAAAUCAUUAAUUUCCAAUGCGAAAUACGAGAAAGUACCAUACGAUGAAGAUAUUUUUACAUGCAGGGUAAGUUUUUAUUAAUCAUUCAGGUAUAUAAAUAACUAAUGUCCGAUCUUUGUUUUCAUAUUGAUUCAAUUUUAUAUAACUGUCUCAAAUUUAUGAGAAAGUUGCUAAAAUAUAAUAUUUAUUGACAUGGAAAAAGCAUAUGUUAUAACCCCUAUAUUUUGAUUAUUAAUCAUAUUAUCCUUUGUUAAAUACAGUGUAUUUGUUAAAAAUUUGUAUAAACAUUAAAAAUACUGCUCGAGUCGCUUUUGUUUCAUAAUUUUCUUUUUUGUUGGCAAUAUUUUUUAUUCUUAAAGAUUACGUGUUUCUUAUAAAUCUCUCCUUGAAGGUAUUAAAUGAAAUUGUUUUAUCUUAAAUAUGUUAAUAAUUUCUUGAUAAUAUUAUUUGUGAAUGGUUUAUUAGAUCAUUUUAUUUUUACCUAAAUAUAUUAAAAUAAAUGAGCGUGCGUAUUUAUGGUACUUUUAGUUAAUUAUUUCAAAUUUUAUAACCUAAUUUAUACGGUUUUAAGAGGAUCGUAAUUUCUAUUAGAAAGCUUCUUCAAUAUAAUUGCUUGAAAUAUUGUAUGAGUUUCCACUUGAUAGAUGUUUUAAUUAUUUAAAAAAUACAUUUGAUCAAUAGGGUUUUCUAAUAUUAAAGUCGACAAAUACUUUUCAGACAUUUUUUAUUUAGAUAUUGUGACAUUAAUAACAAAAAAUCUUGUUUAGUGUAAUUGAUACGAGGAAUAGAUGAAAAUAGGUCAGUUCUAUUGUCAAGGGAACACUUUAAUUGAAAAUUUGUAACCUUCAUGGUUUAAUAAUUAUAAACUUGAUUGGAAAGGGGUUAAGUCAUCAUUUUGCAUUUGUAUUAAAUUAUUUAUGGCGAUUUGAAAUUCUUCUUUUUCUUCUAUUUAUUCGAGAAUAUUUGAACUGGAAAAUAACGCGAUUUAUAAUUACAAUUUGAGCGAAUCGCUCCUGGGUUAUAAUAUAUUUUUGACAAUAUCAAGGUAUAGAUUGUUAGUCAAGUUUUUUUCUAGAAAUAAAGUUGAAAUUGAGACGUAUUUGUCUUCUCUACAUCAAAUUUGUGCAUAUAUAUUUAGUGCUUUUUUUUAUGUGACAUUCCCUCAUUUUUACCUGAUCGAAAAAGGGGCUCAAACGUCUACCCCUCGAUGGUAACUUUCACUCUAGUACUUCUGGAACCAUCCUCGUAGAUAUUUAAAUCACGAGGCUAUUGCGACCUUGAGGAAUUUAUUAUUAAUAUAUAGGACGUGAUUAUUAAAAUGUUAUUGAAAUUAAUAUAAAUUCAUAUUAAAAAAAUAAUAAACAUAAAUUAUAAUAAAUAUUUCUAUUAUUGCUGAGCAAAUCUCGAAAAAGAGGUACUCUUCUAUUACUAUAAAUAGAUUCUUUUUUUUUUGCUUAUCAUACACUUGACAUUUUUUCUAAAGAUAAGAUAUUAAAUAAAGUAUCUGUAAUUUAUGUGAUUCGCAAAAAAAAAUGACUAAAAGGUUGGUAUUACCGCUGUAGUGAUUGAUAUCUAAUCACGUACGUCGUAAAUAAUACCCUCACCGGGAAAUGUUCAACACGAUUUUGAAUAAGACCAUAAUUAACUGCUCCAAAUAUUUUAAAAUUAGAAAAAUAUUCUCGUACAUUAAGUUUAAUUCUAUGAUAAACCAUGUCCCACAGGACUCUCUUUAAUUUUAAAACGUCAACCGCCAUUGAAGAUAUUUCGUUAUAAAAGUUUUAACUGUCACAUGACACGUAUUAUAAUACCAUGUCAUUUUACGAAAAUCUUUCCUUCCACUAAAUUCACAAACUAUUUUAUAGCCGUUUGCGCAGAUGAUUCAAGGUCAUUUUAAUAUUGAAUCUUCAAUAUUCAGCCAGCUUAGAUAAGUAAAAAUUACACGAAAGUUGUUAAUAGAAUAGUGAAGCCGGUUUUCGUAAUUACACCAAUAUUUUAUGAAUUCCAAAAAACCGUUAUUCAAAUACAAAGUAAAAACAAAUAAUACAAGACGUGAAUCGUUUUUAAAAGGUCAAGUCUUCAAGGUUUGGGUUGUCUAGAGUUUAUAAAAACACGUAUUUUUUAAUAAAAUAUUAAGCAUACAUUUUUAAGAUAGGAAGAUACUGCUAAGUUGACAAUACAAGAAUUAAUUAAAAAAAUUUACUAAUUAAUCUAUUUAACGUACUUCUAUUUGUGCGUUCAGUAUUCCGUCCGCCUCAUUUGAACGACUCAUUUUUUUACGAAAAAUCAAAGCUAAAAAAGCAUUUUGAAAAUUAUGAAUAGUUUAAGUAGGCUCCCGCGCGAAAUGUCGAAAAACCAUAUAUUUUUUGAUAGCGUAGAGUAUGACAAAUCCAACGACACCUUUCUUUAUAUAAGUUAUCGAUCAAAAUCUAAAUAAAUUUCAUUCAAAGUUCGCUUCUUUGACCUGAGAUCUUAUGGGAACCGUAGUUAAAUAAUUUGAUUACAAAUUAAAUUAGAUAUAUGACUAUAUAUAGAUUUGAUUGGUAAGCAAUUAAUCUUUCUAAUGGUGUUAGUUGUUAUAGCGGUUAUUAACUAAAAAUUGUUAUAAUUCAAUGCAUAUCCAGUAACUGAGCAGAAAUUAGGGAAACGGCCAUAUUGUUUCUGUCACUCAAGGAAAGCGCGCGAAAUUUAACCACAUAUACAUACAGGAGAUCUCUGCUUAUACUAUAUAAGUAUAUGUGUAGCAAUACUCGACGCUUUUUGGCUGUUUUGUAAAAAUCAAUUGAGCGACUAUUUAUUUUUAAUGAAAUGUCAACUUUUAAUUAAGCAACUUUUAUGCAUUAUUUUAGUUCAUAAUUAAUUUAGGAUUUUAUUUGACUAGUUUGGUAGACGCGGGAACCUCCUUAACACGAUCAUGAUAUGAAUGUUCGGAAAGUAAUCCUGAUCUCGUGUAUUGUCGUUAGAAACCGACCGAUAAAAUUGAUCACCUGACGAGUUAUUUCGUUUGUUUUCUCAACUUCAGUUAAACGCUUUUAAAGUUUCUUUUAAUAUUUUUUUAACCAAAUUCAAUUUUUAUCCCUUGUAAUAUUUUGAUUUUAAAUCUGAUAAUUAUCUGUCAUUGGCAACACUGUUAAAAUUCCCUAACGAUCGAACCGAAUACGACUGGUUCGGAUCAAACGAACAAAGCUAAUAUUUUAUGUUUGAAAAACUUUAUUAUUUACUUAUUUUAUUCCUGAUAUUUCAAUUUCUUUUAUUAGAAACGAGAUGGAUCUUCAAUAUUUUUCUAACCUAACAUUGUGUAAUUAUCUUAUGCAGACAUUGCUACUUAAUUAAUUCAGACGAUUCAAUCGACCCAGAUCAUUAUUAUUAAAACAAAAAAAAUCGAUUAGAAAAAAAAAACUGAUCGAUAAUUAAUUGCCAUUCGACCUCAUUGACUAAUUUUAUAUAAUAUAAUAGGAAUCAGCCAACCUUAAAUGUUCAGUUUCCCCUCUACAGAUUAUCAUCAAUAGGUAGAAUGAAUUCAGUUUUGCAUGAUGGUUAUAUGCGAAAAUAGUUCUUCGUUAAAUAGAGUGAUUAUAAUGUAACGAUGAGUAUUUUUAAAAAGUUUUUACAUGAUUCCGGUAAAGUAGAAGAAAAUGCCGUUGAUAAUGAACGGCCGGAAGUGGAAGACGAAAAGACCGACAAAGAUAAUACAGGAAUAUGGUUGACAGCUAGCGAAGCAAGUAGUUUAAGUUAUGAAGAAGUAGCGGAAAGGUUACGUGUAGAUAUUAGGAAAGGUCUAAAUUGGCAAGAAACGAGUGACAGAAGGAAGGUAGCUGGGUAUAAUGAAUUUUCUGUAAAGAACGGCGAUCCACCAUGGAAAAAGUACUUAGAACAAUUCAAAAAUCCAUUAAUUUUAUUACUGCUGGCAUCGGCGGUAGUAUCUGCGGGCAUGAGUCAAUUCGACGACGCCAUCAGUAUUACAGUAGCCAUAGUUAUAGUUGUAACAGUUGCUUUCGUACAAGAAUUUCGAUCUGAAAAAUCCUUACAGGAAUUGACGAAAUUAGUACCACCAUCAUGUCAUUGUUUGAGAGAAGGUACUCCAGAUACGUUCUUGGCAAGGGAAUUGGUACCUGGAGAUAUAGUGUUGUUGAAUGUGGGAGAUCGGGUACCAGCAGACGUGCGACUAUUCGAAGCGCACGAUUUAACAUUAGACGAAAGCUCCUUCACAGGUGAAACCGAACCAGCUAAAAAAAACACGGAUCCUGUUAUCAGACCCAAUGGGGCUCAUUCGUCUAACACAAAUAUCGCUUUUAUGGGAACCUUGGUACGAAACGGUAUCGGAAAGGGUAUCGUAGUAUGUACAGGAACGAAUAGCGAAUUUGGCUCGGUGUUCAAGAUGAUGUUAGAAGAGGAAGCCCCAAAAACUCCUUUACAAAAAUCAAUGGACAAACUCGGAGCUCAGUUAUCAAUAUAUUCGUUUGCUAUAAUUGGUUUCAUCAUGUUGGUAGGAUGGAUCCAGGGUAAACUUAUUAUGGAAAUGUUCCAGAUUGGUGUUAGUUUAGCUGUAGCUGCUAUCCCGGAAGGUUUACCGAUCGUUGUAACGGUAACUUUGGCUUUGGGCGUAAUGAGAAUGGCUAAAAGGAAAGCUAUCGUUAAAAAACUACCAACAGUCGAAACUUUGGGGUGCGUAAACGUGAUCUGCUCUGACAAAACCGGUACCAUAACCAAAAACGAAAUGACAGCUACUGUAUUAGUGACAUCAGACGGUUACAUAGCCGAGAUAACAGGAGCAGGUUACAACGACCACGGUCAGAUUUUGUUACACACCAAAUACGAUUUCCCGGAUAAAGCUCGAGAAAGUAUUAGGUUGUUAUUAGAGGUGGGGGCUGUUUGUAAUAACGCCGUUAUAAAAGACGAAACGUUAUUGGGUACGCCUACAGAGGGAGCUCUAUUAGCCGCAGCCAUGAAACACGGUAUGGACAAUAUUGGCAACCGUUACAUCAGACUCAAAGAAUACCCUUUCAGUUCCGAACAAAAAAUGAUGGCAGUGCAGUGUAUUAACAAAUACGACAAUAAUAAAGAAGAAAUAUUUUUCGUUAAGGGGGCCAUUGAGAAAUUGUUAUCGAAAUGCACCACGUAUAAUUGGAAUGGUAAUCAACAACCGAUUAGCGAUCAUAAAAAAGAAGAAUUUCUAGCAGAAGCCCACGAAAUCGGUAAAAAAGGCUUAAGAGUCAUAACAUUAGCGAAAGGUAAAACCCUACAAGAUUUAAUGUACAUGGGAAUAAUAGGAAUAUGUGAUCCACCGAGACCGAGAGUUAGAGAAGCCAUUUCCAUUUUAAAAGAAUCCGGGGUACAAGUUAAAAUGGUUACCGGAGACGCUAUGGAUACAGCCAUAGCCAUCGCUCAAUCCAUAGGUUUGGAAACGCUUCCGUCUCAAGUACUUUCCGGUGAACAAUUAGAUAGAUUUACGGAGAACGAAUUGGACGAAGCAACUCCUGGAGCUACAGUAUUCUAUAGAGUAUCGCCGAAAAAUAAAUUAUCGAUAGUGAAAUCCUUACAGAGAACUGGACAUAUAGUGGGUAUGACUGGAGACGGUGUAAACGAUGGUGUAGCUCUGAAAAAAGCGGAUAUAGGUAUAGCUAUGGGUAAAAAUGGGACGGAUGUGUGUAAGGAAGCCGCCGAUAUGAUUCUUGUCGAUGAUGAUUUUUAUACUAUCAUAGCUGCGAUAGAAGAAGGAAAAAGUAUUUUCUAUAACAUUAGGAAUUUCGUUACUUUUCAACUGUCAACUUCGAUAGCAGCUCUAUCUUUGAUAGCUCUAUCGACAAUAUUAGAUAUACCCAAUCCGUUGAACGCCAUGCAGAUAUUGUGGAUAAAUAUAAUAAUGGACGGACCACCAGCGCAAAGUUUAGGGGUAGAACCCGUAGAAGAAGACGUGGUGAAACAAAAAGCGAGAGAUACAAAAGAGCCGAUGAUAACAAAGAAACUAAUAUUGAACGUACUACUAUCGGCGCUGUUCAUUAUUGGCGGUACGCUUUGGGUGUUCCAAAAAGAAGUAAGUAAACGUUACAUAACCUCAAAAAGUUUAUGCAAUUUAGUUUUUCAGUUGAGUUCAGAAGGAAUCACGGCUAGAGACACGACGAUGACGUUUACUUGUUUCGUUUUUUUCGACAUGUGGAACGCACUUUCGUGUAGAUCGCAAACUAAAAGCGUCUUCACAAUAGGUUUGUUUUCGAACAAGAUGUUUUUGGCAGCGGUAACGCUUUCCGUGUUGGGACAGAUGUUGGUUAUAUACCUACCACCGUUACAAGCGGUUUUUCAAACGGAAGCACUAACCGGUUGGGAUAUUGCCAUGUUGACCGCCCUUACGUCUUCCGUAUGGGUGUUUUCUGAGUUAAAAAAAUUGAUAGAAAGAUAUAUGGAGAGGAGGUGCAAGGGAAAGAGAUCUCCUUUGGAAUACGUAUGACAAAAAAGGGGGUUUAGCUGCUCGAUGCUCUCCCCCGAACCCAAAUUAUUCGGUCCGUCUGAUUAGAAUGUGCAAAUUAUCAAACUAUCACUACUCUAUGUGAAUAAAAUAUCACUUAACGUAGUCCUUCUUGUUGGUUCCACGUCUAUCCGCAACUGGAAUCGGAAGUAAACGUUGGGAGUUGUACCUAGAGAUUCCCAAAUUUUAUUUCGCUUUCCAAAAAUCACGUUUCUACUCGAUAUCUUUUUUUAAUUUUUGGAUCUAAGACGUUUCUAAAAUGGUGCUUUUGCGUGUAAUUCAAAUUUAUUCACUUGCAAUCUAUUUAGGCUUAAAUAAUUAAGAAAAAUAAUAUAAGGGUGUGUUAAAAGUUAGGGUGUUUCAAAAAUUAGCAAUAACAGGAUUUUUUUGACUUCACAAUUGCUGAAAAACAUUAAUUUCCAAAAAAGUUAUGGAAUUAUUGACUAUAUGACCUCCUUGAGUUAUUAAAUAGCUUUUGUGGGGUUUUUCAACCCCUAUAAUCAACUCCCAAUUAGUAAUAGUUGGAUUAGGUACGCCAAUGCAACUACCGGAGUAUAUCGGUUAACGGGGAGGACGGUUUUGUCAAAAAUGGGGCAACAACAUCAUAUUUUGGACCCACUGGGUUUUCAUGAGACGUACCAUCAAUAAUAUACCAAACAGGAUCAGAUGAAUCCUUAUUGGAGAAUCAAUCCAAAAUAUUCUCAACCAUUUCAGCCAAGAACACAGAUUGUGAUGUCAAAAAAAUCCCUUUUCAAAAUAAUUCUCAAAAUAAAA